AUGGCCGAUAUCGAAGAUGCAGGCGCUUCUGUCUCAGAGCCCUUGGAUCUCGUCCGCUUGUCUUUGGAUGAAAUUGUCUUCGUGAAAUUGCGCGGUGACCGCGAACUGAAGGGUCGUCUCCACGCCUACGAUAGCCAUUGCAACUUGGUCCUUGGCGAUGUGGAAGAGACAAUUUAUGUGGUAGAGGAAGAUGAGAACGAGGUGGAGACCACACGGACAAUUAAGAAGCAGGAAGAAAUGCUCUUUGUCCGAGGCGAUUCCGUCGUUUUGAUUUCCCCCCAGGCCUGA